CACGAAGAACCUCGAGCUGAUACCGGAACUAAAUUAGACAAACAGGAAAUACGUCACUCUUUAACCUCGGGCGCUCGGUUUUUUAGCUCGCGUUCAACUUUCGUUGUUCCACUUUUUAUAAACAACAAAUUUGACCAGUUUCAUUUCUUUUUGGACUGAGACGACAAAUAUUUCAAGAUGGGGGGAGGCGACCUGAACCUGAAAAAGAGCUGGCAUCCCCAGACUAUGAAAAACAUUGAGCGUGUUUGGAAAGCAGAGCAGAAGCAUGAGGCUGAAGUCAAGAAGAUGGAGGAGCUCCAGAAAGAGCUGAAAGAGGAAAGAUCCCGAGAAGAAAUGACCAGAUAUGCAGAGAAAAGUGGUGCCAUCAAAAAGAAGGAUGAUCGCCUGGACUGGAUGUACCAGGGCCCUGCUGGUCAGGUGUCCAGAGAUGAGUAUCUGCUGGGACGUUCCAUCGACAAGCAGAUCACCGACCAAUACGAGGAGCCAGAGAGCGGUCCAUCAGCUGAGACCGGCCUCCUACCCGGGUCCAUCUUCAACCUAGCCACCACUGCCUCCAACCUCGACCUGGCUGCCAAGAUCAGGGAAGACCCCCUCUUUGAAAUCAGGAAACGUGAAGAAGAAAAGAAAAGGGAAGUCUUGACUAAUCCUGUGAAGAUGAGGAAGAUCAAAGAAAUGUUGCGCCAGAAUCUGGACAAGAAGGACAAGAAAAAGAAGAGGAAGAAGGGAAAAAAGGAGAAGAAAGGAGACAAAGAGAGGAGAAAGGAGAAGAAGCACAAGAGAAGGAGUUCAAAUUCAAGCUCUGAUGAGGAUGAUGAGAAAAAACACAGGUCACAUGCACGAGAUGACUCUUCAUCAAACACAAAGCAUCAUUCCCAUCAUCCUUCAGGCUACGGUCUACAGCUCCAUGCUGGCAGACAUCACCAGUCCUCAGCUCCCGCCAAUCACUCGCGCCGUGAGAGGAGCCGGUCCCAAUCACCUCAAAGGAGCUCCAGGGACAGUCACUCGCACUCCUCUUCUUCACACAGAAGCGACAGGAAGUUGGAGCCCAAAGCUUCCAGCCCACAGACGAAGAGUUAUCGCAGACAGACGAACCACGUGUCUAAGAAGCUCUCUGCAGAAGAACUAGAGCGAAAAAGGCGGGAGAUGAUGGACGAAGCCAAGCAGAGGGAUGAGGACAGAGAGAAUAAUGUGAAGAGAUACGAGAAGCAAGAAGAGCAGGAACGGCAGCUGGAGAAGAGCGUCAAGCAUGAGCGUCAUGCUGGCUUCAUCCAUGACAUGAAGUUGGAAAGCGCUGCCAGCUCUUCCUUAGAAGACAGAGUGAGGAGGAAUAUCCAUUCCAUUCAGAGGACCCCAGCCUCCUUGAACAACUUCAUGAAGAGAUGAAGACACCACACAUUUACUACACUGUGUAUGAAGUGACUAAAAAAACCUGGCAAGAGUAUACCACCCACUCCUCUAUCUGUCUGUCUAAUGUAAUUAGGGUGGAUGGUGUGGUGGGAGUCUGUCAUGAGUUCAAACAGAGAACCACUUGACUUUUAUUAUGAAAAGCAGAUUCCACAGUGGUAAAAUAAUUUAUAUUUCAUACUAAAGCAAACAGUCUGUGAUGGUUGAUUUGUUCUAGUUACACUCUAGGAAGUCCUUUUUAAGCUUCAUGUUUUCUGAACUCUGUACAGUAUAUAGGGUUUUUAUUUUUACAGUAUAAUUCGACCUGAUUUUAUUUCAAAUGUUUUUGUAAUAUAUGUUCGUUACUUGGUGUGUUACUGUUAGUAGCAACUAGAAUCCCCAAAACAUCUCCGCUAUCCCAUUGUUGGUUUGUUUAUUAAGCAAAAACCCAUGUUGUCACUUUGCCAUUCUGAUUCUGCUUGCAUUAACUUGAUAUUGAAACCAAAUCUUCAAUAAAAUUUUAUUUGUAUACCACCAAA